CUAAUUGUAAUCAUUUUGUAUAUUUCAGGGAAAUGAAGCAAGCUACCCUUUGGAAAUGUGCUCGCACUUUGAUGCGGAUGAGAUUAAACGUCUAGGAAAGAGAUUUAAGAAGCUUGAUUUGGACAAUUCUGGCUCCUUGAGUGUAGAAGAGUUCAUGUCUUUGCCCGAGUUGCAACAGAAUCCAUUAGUACAGAGAGUAAUAGACAUAUUUGACACAGAUGGGAAUGGAGAAGUGGACUUCAAAGAAUUUAUAGAAGGAGUCUCCCAGUUCAGUGUCAAAGGGGAUAAGGAGCAGAAGUUGAGGUUUGCUUUCCGCAUUUAUGAUAUGGACAAAGAUGGCUAUAUCUCCAAUGGGGAACUCUUCCAGGUGCUGAAGAUGAUGGUGGGGAACAAUCUCAAAGACACUCAGUUACAGCAAAUUGUAGACAAAACCAUAAUUAAUGCAGAUAAGGAUGGUGAUGGAAGAAUAUCCUUUGAAGAGCUCGGUGCUGUUGUAGGAGGCCUAGAUAUCCACAAAAAAAUGGUGGUAGACGUGUGACUCUUUUUAGGGCACCACCCAACACUUUUGCUUUCUUCUCCAUCUCUGAAGAUCUGCUCAAGAUGUCCAGCAACGCUCUCUGUGUAUUUAAAUGGAAGUAUUUUUCUCUGUGAAGCCACAUUUUCCAACAUGAGCCUCAUGAAGCCAACUAAGUGUUAUUGAACUUUUAUUCUCUCAAUAACUCAGUGUAGCACUUUAAAGUCUGAAGGACAGCAAGAUGGAAAGAGCAUAUCAGUGUGGUGGAGAAAGGGAAGGGGUUGGCUUUUUAAUUUAUUUUUCAUCAUCUUUUAUAACAAGGAAAUAUCUAUCUAUAUAUAUAUAUAUAUGUGUGUGUGUGUGUGUAUUUAUAUAUAGAUAUAUAUGUAGCUUUCUAUAGGUAGUAGUUAGGUGGGCUUUAAUUUAAUAUACUUGAUUCAGAAACAAAACUAGAGUAUAAAGUGCCAAGCAGAACAUUAACAGUUCAAUAUAUGGUUAUACAUCCUUACUUUUAUUUCACACAGUUUUUUAUAUAUAUAUAUAUAUAUAUAUAGCAAAAGAAUGUAAAAUUUUAACUGGGUGUUAGGUCAACUGUUUUCCUUUUCCUGUGACUGUUCAGAGGCUUCUAUAUAUUGACUGGCUGACAAAGCAUUGCUUCCUGCUAAUUUACUUUAAUUACAUUUCUGUAACACAGGAGACUAAGUUUUAUUUAUACCUGUUAAUAUAUUACCAGGGACUGUGUCUCUUUGCUUAACUUUUUAGUACAGUUCUACUUAAUAUGAGAAUAUAGUAUGAUGCUAAUGCCAAGAACUAGGCCUGUGCGCAUGUAGAAGCUGCAGAGUGCUUUUAUGGCCAUUUCAUUCUGUCACCUAGUAACUGGGGGCAGUUACAUUUUAGUAAAUAUCCCUAAGCAAAUGUAUAGCAGUUGCUACGGAUUCAUUUUAGAUGCAGCAUCUGAAGAUGUUUGGUGCAUUCAUGAUUUCUCUUGUGCUUUGCUUAACAAAUUUAGGAUUGAUAGAAUUGUGCAGGAUUCCCAUCCACUUAUUUUAUAUAGUGCUUAGUGAGAUGAUGCAUUGUUUCUUGCCAUUAAAUUUAUUAUGUUUCAACCAUAGUAGUUUCCCUUCUGCUUUUUAAAAAGUACUACAGGUAGCAUAAAUAACUGGUAAUAUUUUAUAUAUAUAAAUAUAUAUAAAUAAAUGUAUGUAUAUAGGAUUCAUACAGGGGGGAAAAUCUUGUUAACCUAUGCCAUAGAGGAGGAAAACUUCACAUCUAAAUUUUAUACCUCUUGCUUUUCUCCAAUCCUUUGCUUGGAGAGAUGUUGUUUUUUCUUUUUUUUUUAUUUUCUAGAUUUGUCCAUAUCAUGAUUUGUAAUGGAUGGUAACUUGAUAUAUUUGUGUGAUAUAAAAGUAGCAGGACACAUUUAACAACUUUCUAUCAUCCCUUCCCUUUUCUGCAAAUGGUACUAUUGGCUGGAAGAAAAACAUUUGCUAGAUUUUUAGGGUAGUACAUCUUUCCUGUAUAGUAGUUUUUCUAUAAAAGGUAUUUUAUAAUCAGCUGUGGAAAGUGCAGGUUGUACGAACCUACUUUAAAUCAAGCACCUGUCUGCCAUAGCUGUUCCUUCAACUGAGUGCUGCACAUCAUGGGCUCUGUCUGAGAGAGAGAAAUCCAGGUGCUUGGUGUCCUUGCAUGUCAUGAAGUUUUGCAUGUAGAUCGAUUUGAAAUGUUCCUCUUGUUUACAUAAUUUGCAUAAUUUAAAAAAGUAAUGUUGCCAAACUUUGGUAAAUGUUAAUGUUCAACCGAAAAUCUCCACUACAUGUAACCUUCUUCCUCUGGAUCAGUACGUGGCUUAUAAUCCCAGCCAGUGAUGGUAUCUGUUCCAGUGUCAACUGCCAUGUGCUCUGCUUCAAGGGGGAACCUAGUCUUUUGUGAAUUUUUUGUACAUAAAUAUUUGUUACAAACAUUUUAGCAGAUGCUAUUUCUCUUACUUGCUUGUGCAUAUCUUGGCUGGCGUUCUAGAAGAUAGUGCUAAUGUUACUUCCUUAAUGGGGGGAUGAGGUUUUUUAGUUUGCGUGGGGGAAAUGGUUUAUGUUGAAUGUUUAGUUUUUCCUCUGCAUGCUACAUCAUAUGUUGUGGGAACUAUAGGAACCUUCAUACUGUAUGAAUAAAAAAUAAAAUAUUUGAAUCUUGCCAGAAAA